AUGUGGCGAGUGCCGGUUGCGAAAGUGGUCAGGGCCUAUCUGAUAUGUGGUGAUGAUGAUGACUACGACGAAAAGCAUGGUGAUAAUGACGACGAUGCUGAUGACGACGACGAUGACGAUGACGGAGAUGGUGAUGAUGACAUGUUGGCGUCGUCUGGGUUCUUGUUGAUGUGUUCGGAAAUGACAGACGAUUUACGGAGGUCUGGCACGCACUGGGUGUGGGAAAUGGCCCGUCUUCUUCUGUCGGAGGAUACCGCAACUGUUAUCAAUAAGGAGAAAUUCAUGAUAGAGUUUGUUGGAAACGAUGUCUUGGAGAAACUGCCAUCCCCGCGGAUCCUAAACACGCACUGUCUUGUUGAACAGCUGCCACGUGGUGUGUUUGAGAAGAAGUGCAAAAUAAUCUACAUCCUCCGAAACCCCAAGGACAUGGCAGUGUCGUUCUUCCACCACCACAAGAAACUGACUAUAAUUUAUGAUUAUCAUGGGAAAUGGGAAAACCACUUAUCUUUACUGAUGGAUGGAAAAGGUGAAGUUGGCGACUGGAAAAAUUACUUCACCGUGGCCCAGAACGAGGCUUUUGACAGACUAUACAAGGAAAACAUGGGUGAUUGUGACAUAAACUUUAGAUACACGCUGAAGUAAGGAACGAAGACCAAGGUGUCAGAUGGAAAAUGUAUACCCAUGCUGAUAGGAGAACAGAAACUAAUAACAACAACAGUGUUCGAAUCCCAAAUUGGACUCAACAAAAAACACGUUCUAGAAUCUGUACUUUAUUUUUAAAAGUGUAAUCCCAAUAUAGCGUAAGUUAUCAUUCCACCACAGGUAAUAAUAUUCAUAUUGAAUUCUGUUAUUCAAAAACGUGUGUAUGAAGACAUUGUGAUAUAGCAAAACGCCCAAAACAAUUCACUCUUUUGAAUCGUAUUGGUGUCAGGGGUAAGUUGUCUCAAAUCAUUCAAAGUCUGUAUUCAAAUGUCACUGCCUGUGUUAUAAACAAUCACUUGAAUUCUGAUAUCUUGAAAUGUCCCAUAGACUGCAGACAAUGGUGUAUUACGAGUCAGUUAAUGUUAUCUGUAUAAAUAAAUGGGUUUCAAACUAGAGUGAGUGAGUUGCUCGUUACGCCGCUUUUAGCAAUAUUCCAGAAAUAUCAGGGCAGGGGGCUCCAGAAAUGGGCUUCACACAUUGUACCCAUGUGGUGAAUCGAACCCGGAUCUUCGGCGUGACGAGCUAAUGCUUUAACCAGUAGGCUACCCCACCGCCCUGUUAGCAACUACAACUGAAUGCUCAAACUGUUUUGUGAUGCAACUUAUACCCGAUAUAGUGAAAUUGUACUUACUGUUUUCGUCGACGGCUGUUGUAGAAGGGGGUGGGGUUAUAAAAAGAUUUUUCGUGAGCUAA